UCAUUCCUUUUGGUAUCGGAGUAAUAGGCUGACGAACGACUCUCCGCCAAGUUGCGGUACUGGCGUUUUGAUUUCCCACAUAUCAGUAAUUAAGCAGCCGUAAAACGCCAAUCUACCGGAGAGGGGUUUAGCUGGUUCGUUUCUUUGAAUGUUUCGGUUACUUGUUAAACAAAUAUAAUUAUUACUUUUAGGCUUAGGCAUAUGGCGGAUUCGAAACUGAAACUUGAACGUAAUCUCCGAUGCCAUCACUGUGCUGGCCCUCUUUCAAAGGAUAUGGAAACUAGUGAAUGGACUGUUGCACCUCUAAUCAGAGACAGCUUUUCUAUGAUCGGUUCUGCUGUUGGCGGUACAACUAGUGCAUUUUACGGAUUUAACCAUGUGAUGCCGGUGGUUCGUAAUUGGGUGAAAGGACCAAUGUGGCUGCAUUUCCUCAUUGGUGCGCCACCUGUAAUAGUAUUCUCCUCAGCCUGUGCAGGUUUAGUAGGUGGUGCUGUUCCGGCGUUAGCACAACUAGCUUCAUCUUCUUACCAUGCAGCAGUCUCAUCUCCUUCACUACCUCCUUCCUCGCAGGAUCAGAAGAUGCACAGCUCUAGAAGUUCAUCUAUAUUGUAAGAUAGGCGACUCAAUUUGUGUAAGCGCAGUGAUGAAUAUCUGCAGAGAGAGAGAGAGAGAGAGAGAGAGAGCUGCUCGCGUUUGCUUACUGGUAUUGGUAUGCUAUAUUUGCUGCUUUAGGCAUUUGUGGCCUUUUAUGAUGUAUUAUAGGUAAUUAUUGCGCGCCAAAUGAGUAAUUCAGUUGUAAUGUUUAUAUUUCAAUUCCAGCUCUAUGUAAAUUGCAAUUUUUGUAAUGGUAGGUAAUGAAUAUUUGUGAGGGAAUUGAACUGUCAGAGUUGCAAAAUAGACUAUAUAAAUCAUUAGAUCGGUUUGAUGCA